AUGGCUACUGAUAAGGAAACCGAAACAAAGACUGAGGUAGUAUCGGAUACCAAGUCAGAUUCCGAUAGUAACUUACCUUACAAUGGGGUGAUGGAUACUGAUGAGGAGCUUGAGUGCAUUAUGGAGGUUGCCUGUGUGGUGGGUGAGUUUUACUAUGAUACUUGGAUUCACAAAGAACCCAAACACACCAUGGACUGUAUUGGAGCGGUGUACACAAAAUCUCUCUUUGAAGGGCAUGAUGGCCAGUUGGACUUUGUCUAUUAUGUUGUUGAUUCUAUGUACCCCAACAUUGCUGGCUACAUGGCACUGUACCGUAAUACACAGUACUUCAAUAAUGUCCAUACCUCGUUGAGAAGUGUCAUCGUGCGAAGUUUUGGUGUGUACAAGGCUCGAUUCCCUAUCUUGAAGUGUAUGCCAUGCUAUCCAUUAAGAACACAACAGUUGAUAGUUGUAGCUUACAUGACAAUACACAACUUCAUCCGGGACAACUAG